AUGGCAGUCGAAAACCCUUUCUCAGUCUUUCCAAGGGAGAUCAGGGACAAGAUCUACAAUUACGCCCUGCAGGACACAAAAUUUUCAAACUUUCUCGCGCACAAGACAGCUUAUACUCCGCAGAGAGCGGCUAUUCUUUACAUCAACGACGCUAUCGCAAACGAUGUCAAACAUCUAUUGUACCGAGACCAUGAGAUGGUAGUUCACAUCGCCCAACCCCGUCGCUACACAGAGGGACCAACAGGCUAUCUCUCCCACGUCCAAAACUGCUCAAACCUGAUGAAGCAGCGCUCACAUACCUUUGUCGCCGAGCUGUGGCGUUCUCAAUAUUAG